CUUGCUUUCUCUACCUAGUACUCCUCUGUAUCUCUCGCUACUCUUUCCCUCGUUGGUGCGUCGAAACUUCUUUUUCUUUGACUUGAAGGAUCCUAAAAAGACUGUUACCUUUGAUUUAAGUCUUUUUCUCUUCUACGUAUCUAAUUUCGUUGAUCUUUUUUGAUCCUUUAAACGUCGAAACGAAAAUCGAUCCAAUCUCUGUGGACGUCUUGGUUUUUCCAUUUUCAUUUCGAAUUAUUCUUUAGAAUCUCAUUCUAGCAGUUUUUAUUUGUUAUUUAUUGUUGAGCGCGUUUCUCUGAGAAAUUACUACGGGUUACUAAUAUGGAAAAAUUGAUUCCCUUAGUCAAUCAACUUCAGGAUCUGGUGUAUAAUACCAUCGGUUCUGACUUUUUGGAUUUACCCUCCAUUGUCGUGGUCGGUUCUCAAUCGUGCGGAAAAUCGUCCGUCUUGGAAAAUAUAGUCGGCAAAGAUUUUCUACCCCGUGGAACAGGAAUCGUUACCAGAAGACCGUUAAUCUUACAACUUAUCAACUUGAAAGAAGAUUCAAAUAUGAAUGCCCCUGGUGAAGAUGCCCAGCAAGAUUCUUCUAUCUCUAAUGCCAACAUUUCCUCUGCUUCCUUGGAAAAAGAAAGCGACCGGGAAGGAUAUGCUGAGUUUCUCCAUUUACCCAAUGUCCGUUUCACAGAUUUCGGAAAAGUUCGUGCUGAAAUCGAAAAUGAAACUUUGCGAGUCGCUGGUGCUAAUAAAGGAAUUAAUAAAUUACCGAUUAACCUCAAAAUUUACUCAAAACACGUUCUAAAUCUCACUCUAAUUGAUCUCCCUGGUCUCACGAAAAUCCCUGUUGGCGAUCAACCUACAGACAUUGAAGCUCAAACUCGUUCGUUGAUUAUGGAGUAUAUCAGUAAACCUAAUUCAAUCGUAUUAGCUGUUUCUCCGGCAAAUUUUGAUAUCGUCAAUAGUGAAGGAUUAAAACUUGCCCGACUCGUUGAUCCGAAAGGCAAAAGGACAAUUGGUGUUUUAACUAAACUUGACUUGAUGGACCAAGGAACCAAUGCAAUGGAUAUUUUAAGUGGGCGCGUAUAUCCUCUGAAAUUAGGAUUUAUACCAACAGUUAAUCGUUCUCAAUCUGAUAUCAUUUCCCACAAGUCUUUGAGUGAUGCUUUGCAAUCCGAAAAUAGCUUCUUUGCAAAUCAUCCUGCCUAUCGAGCUAUCGUAAAUCGAUGCGGGACCUUCUAUCUUGCUAAAACAUUAAGCAAUUUACUUAUUGCCCAUAUAAGAGAUCGUUUACCCGACAUCAAAGCACGUUUGAGUACAUUAAUUUCUCAAACCCAGUCCCAGUUGGAAAAUUAUGGUGUCUUUAAAAUUUCUGAUAAAAGUCAGCGUGGAAUUAUACUUUUACAGGCUAUGAACAGGUUUGCCAAUUCAUUUAUUGCCAGUAUAGAUGGUAAUUCUUCCAGCAUACCUACAAAGGAGCUUUCUGGAGGUGCUCGUUUAUAUUCCAUUUUUAACAAUGUGUUUUCCACAACUUUAAACUCCAUUGAUCCUUUACAAAACUUGUCUAUAACGGAUAUUCGGACAGCUAUUCUCAACAGCACUGGUUCUAGAGCUACUUUGUUUCUUUCAGAAAUGGCUUUUGAUAUACUUGUAAAGCCUCAAUUAGCUCUUCUUGCUCCACCUUGCCAUGAAUGCGUUGAGCUUGUUUACGAAGAAUUGAUGAAAAUAUGUCAUUACUCUGGUGACUCUGAUAUGUCUAGAUUUCCAAAGCUUCAAACUGCCUUAAUUGAGACUGUGAGCGAUUUACUUCGUGAAAACCUAAGUCCUACGUUUUCGUUCGUGGAAAGUUUGAUUUCAAUACAAAUGGCUUACAUCAAUACUAACCACCCUGAUUUCCUAGGUGUUCAGGGGGCCAUGUCAAAUGUGCUUGAUAGAAAAAAUCAGCAGCUUACUACACGUCGUCGUUCGGCUACUUCUUCAAAUCAAGCAAUAGAUGCUACAAAGAAUGAGAACCCUGAUGGUUCUAUCACAGACAUUGCAAACUCAGAUGACGUUGCAGCUAUUACGCCUCAUAGGAAGCUACAAAAUAUGGGUUCGGACAACCUUGAAAGAAAGACAUUCCUUAGUUACGUCUUUGGUGCCAACAAUUCGGUGAAGCGAGCACCCAUGCAUAACAGAGCAUUGUCGAACAGCUUUUCUAUGAAUGAGCCUGUCAAUUUGCUCAGUGAUCAAACCAACACACAACCACGAUCAACUUUCGCUGAUAACUUUCCUGUUAAAAUGACUGAUCUUUCUAGCGAGGUUGAAUCUAUGGCAUUAGAAGAAAUGACAGAGCGUGAAGAACUUGAAGUUGAGUUGAUUCAAGAAUUAAUAACGUCUUAUUUUAUAUUAACUAGGAAGAUAAUCGUCGAUCAGGUUCCUAAGGUUAUCAUGCACCUGCUUGUUAAUGCAUCGAAAGAUGCUGUACAGAAUCGGCUUGUAAGCAGCCUUUAUCGUGAAGAGCUUUUUGAUUCUCUUUUGAUUGAGGAUGAAAAUAUUAAAAGUGAACGUGAAAAGAAUGAACGCUUGCUUUCUGUUUAUACGCAGGCUAACAAAAUGAUAUCUAAUGUCUUUUGAUGAAUUCUUUACCCUCGUUUGAAGCUGUAUGUAACGAAGGUUGAUUACUAUAUAAAUGAAUGAUGAUAUAUUUUUUACACUCCUCCUCUCGUGCUAGCCUUCAAAUAGGUAACUUCAAAAUCAUUUUCCCAAAGAUCCUGUUUUUAAACAAGGUACCUUUUAUUCGGGAAAUUCAGUCUUUGUUGAGCUUCUUAAAAAAUAAAUGAACGAUAAAUCAAAUAUGUAAGUAUAAAACCUUUUUAACAUUUAGCCGCUUCAUGGAAGAAGUCAUAUGCUACAAAAAUGCCUCGAAAAUGGCAAAGAGCAGCAAUGAUCACACACACGUGAAACCAUUGAUGGCUACUUCCAAAUAUGUCGUACUUACCUGGGUACCACUUUUCUGGUAUCCUUUUGGCGUAAAUCGUGGCACCUACAAUGUAAAAUACCCCUUGAAGAAGUAGCCAUCCUAGACCCAUUCGCAUGAGUAGAUCGUUAAUUGUGUAUAGGAAAAGAGCAUGCAAUACUGGAAAUAUACCAAAUAAACCCAUGAUUACAAAUAGAAUAGCUCGGAAGCUUCUCCAUUCUGGUUGUCUAAAGCGAUCCAGCAUACAAGUAAAUGCGACAACUACACCUAUAGAAAAGAUUGUCCCAAUAUAAAGUGUUCGAAAGCUGGCAUGGCAAGCGAAACCGUAAUGAAGGCAAGGCACGAAAGAACCAACGAUCAUAAUAACAAUACCCAAAUAAUCAAGCUUAUUUCCAUAUUUCGAAACGUGACUUGAAUGGUUCGAUAUGGUAUGGUAAAAACUAGAACACAGAAGCAUUGUGAGAGCGCUUAUAAAAAAUACCAUAAAAACGUAGACAUCCUGAGACGUUGUGGUUUCUCUUACAAGUAUCCUUUCUGAACGUGUAAUGAAGAAAAGAAACAUGAUUGCUCCGAAGAGGUGCGACCAAAUGUUUAUAGAUUCAUUGUGUAAAUAGAGAAUAGUCUUGAAGCUUUUUGUAAAAGAGAAAGUAGCUGGCCGGUAUGCUGAAAUAAUGUAAUGGUUAUCCUGUUGCCAGGGCUCU